GGACACAGUCUGGGCUGCUACAGCAUCCAUGAAUCCAGUGGGGCAGUACGUGCUGUGUGUGGGUGCCUAUUGCACAGAUCGAGCACUGCAGCUUCCGAUACGGUGGGAAAACAGAAAAUGAGACAUUGCAGUUGUGUUUUCCAGAGCAGGAUCCAUGAGAAAAGGUAACUCAGGAAACCGCUGCGGAUUCGGAGCUGAACCUCCAGCCCUGCAGGAAAACAGCCAGCGCUGAACGUGCGCCCUUGGACUGGAGCUGCGCUCGGGAAGAGGCCAUGGCUGGGCAGCCGAGCUGCUGGAAUGCCGUGCUCCUGGUGCUGCUGUGUGCGGGCAGUGCCCGGGCCCAGCGGGACUGCACGGGCGCCGAGUGCCCGGCCCUGGAGAACUGCAUCGAGGAGGUGCUGGAGCCCGGCGGGUGCUGCGCCACGUGCCUGCAGCACGGCUGCACCUGCGAGGGCUACCAGUACUACGACUGCCUCAACGUGGGCUUCACCAACGGCAGGGUGCCCGAGGGACAGUCCUACUUCGUGGACUUCGGCAGCACCGAGUGCUCGUGCCCCAAGGGUGGCGGGAAGAUCAGCUGCCAGUUCAUGCUGUGCCCGGAGCUGCCCCCGAACUGCAUCGACGCCGUGGUGCCGGCGGACGGGUGCCCGCAGUGCGGCAGGAUCGGCUGCCUGCACGAGGGGCAGAAGUACGUGGCGGGGCACACCUUCCACAUGCCCCCCUGCAAGGUGUGCCACUGCCCCAACGCCGGCGGGGAGCUCAUGUGCUACCGCCUGCCCGACUGCGACACCUUCGCCCUGAACACGGCCAGCCCCGGGGACGCCGAGGACGGGGAGCCCGAGAGGCACUACGACGAUCCCUACAGCUACGACCAGGAGGCGGCCGAGGGGGACAACACCCAGCUGGAGUCUCCCAAAAAGUACCGGAGUUACUCAUCCCACCUGGAGCAGGACAGCCAGGAGCAGGGGGAGGACUAUGACUACCCGGCAGCCAGCGUGGCCCCGUCGGUGCCAGCCCCGGCCCGUCCUCCCCCCGAGGGGACGGUGCCCCCCAGCCCCGCCGUGCCCCAGGGCCCCGCCGAGGUGCGCGGUGCCACCGAGAGGGGCGAGAGGCGCAGGGUGCCCCGCACCACCGCGGCUUCCCUCCGGCAAGGCACGCACAGGGAGGCACCAGCAAUCACCAGAGCUCCUGUGGAGCACACGACGACCACCACUGAGACCCCCCAGCACACGGAGGAGCUGGAGAGGAGACCAAAGGGGAAGCAAGGGAACAAAGAGAGGCGCGAGCAAGAAAGAGCCCCCCACUCUAAAAUGAAAAAGCAUGUCAGGAAAGAAGAGCCAGCAAACAGCAUGUACCAGGGCUUGACAGAGGGGAAUUUAACAGAGCCGAGCUGGGCAAAGUCUUCCCAUGAAACCCUCGAGGGAAACGAUUUCCCCAAGGUGAAGUUCAGUGCAACGACCUCCCCUCCUGUUGCUCUCCAGGAAGACCGCAGCCAGUCCUCCCCAAAGCAGUCCCAGACGCUGUAUCGGUACCACCCCGAGGAGGAUGGGGACCCCAACUCCAUCCACGCCAACCCCAGGCUGCCAGAAGGUUCCACGAAGGAGUUGAUUGAGAGCUGCUGUGGAGCUGGACAACAGUGGGCCAUAGACAAUGGGGAGUGCACAGAAAUCCCUGUGAGUGGAAUGGAUGGUGACAUUUGCAGGAUUGCCCAGAAGCAGUGCUGUGUGUCCACGGUGCGGGAGAACAGCUGCCUGGCCGGGAUGGUCGCUGCCAAGGAGGGCGACACGUGCGGCCCCGAGGACGGUGACCCCUGCACAGGGUCAUCCUACAAGCAAUGCUGUGACUGCUGCAAUCUGGGCCUGAGACUGAGGAGUGAGGGCAAAACCUGCGAGUCCAACAUCAACCUGGGCUACCCCUGCAGCCAUGUGAUGCUGUCCUGCUGUGAGGGGGGGGACCACUUCAUCCAUCCAGAAAUCAAAAGGCAUCCUGAGCCUCUGCCAACAGUGACUCCUGAGAAGGUUUCAGAGAGGGAAGAACACAACGAAGCUCUGUCCAUCAGCAGUGAAGCUGAACUGUCAAACAGCCUGCCUGGAGAUGACCUGGAUGAGUGUCUCCUCUAUGGUGGGGAGCUCUGCCAGCAUUUGUGCAUCAACACCGUGGGCUCCUACAAGUGCUCGUGUUUCCCAGAUUUCACCUUGCAGGAUGAUGGGACCAGCUGCUCUCCAGAUCCUGACAGGGCACAGGUGACAAGGCUGGAAGCUGAAGCCACCAUCCCUCCAGUAGCCUCUCCCUCUCAGCCCAUUCUGGUGGUGUCCUUGCAGGAGGAGCAGGACCAGUGUAAAGAUAACGGGCCCUGCAAGCACCUCUGCAACGUGGUGGAAGGAGAGGCCGUGUGCUCCUGCCUGGCUGGGUACACCCUCAUGGCUGAUGGUGUGUCCUGUGAAGAUUUGGAUGAGUGCCUCACAGGUGCUUGUUCCAGCGGACAAUUAUGUGAGAACACACUGGGAUCAUUCUCCUGUGUCAGCCACAGUGGGAUGUGUGCAGAGGGCUUUAUUCUCAACAGGCAUAGGAAAUGUGUUGACAUUAAUGAGUGUGUGACAGAGAGACACACCUGCCAGCGCAGAGAGCACUGCGUCAACACCAUGGGCUCCUUCAGGUGCCUGCAGGAGCUGACCUGCCAGCCGGGCUAUGAGCUCAAGGAUGGGGACUGUGUUGAUAUUGAUGAGUGUGAGAGAGGAACUCACAGCUGCAAAGUCAACUUUGUUUGUCAGAACACAGGAGGGUCCUUCUACUGUGAGUCAAAGCAGCGCUGCAUGGAUGGGUUUCUGCAAGAUCCGGAGGGAAACUGUGUUGAUAUUAAUGAAUGCACGUCCCUCCCUGAGCCCUGUAAACCAGGAUUCAACUGCAUCAACACAGUUGGGUCUUACACCUGCCAGAGGAACAUGCUGAGCUGCAGCAGAGGAUACCACUCCAACGAGGAGGGCACCCGCUGCGUCGAUGUGGAUGAGUGUCAGACUGGUGUGCACCGCUGUGGGGAGGGGCAGAUCUGCCACAACCUCCCCGGGGCUUAUCGCUGUGACUGCAGGAUGGGCUUUCAGUACGACGCCUUCAGCAGGAGCUGCAUCGAUAUAAAUGAGUGCUGGAACUACCCCGGGCGCCUGUGCCAGCACACGUGUGAGAACACCCCUGGCUCCUACCACUGCACUUGCUCCUCUGGGUUCCGCUUGUCCUACGAUGGCAAACACUGUGAAGAUGUGAAUGAAUGUGAUAACAGUCCCUGCAGCCAGGAGUGUGCCAACGUUUAUGGCUCCUACCAGUGCUACUGCAGGCAAGGUUUCCAGCUGGCAGAAGAUGGGCAUUCCUGUAAAGACAUUGAUGAGUGCACACAGAGUGCAGGUAUCCUCUGCACCUUCCGCUGCGUGAAUGUUCCUGGCAGCUACCAGUGUGCUUGUCCUGAGCAGGGAUACACCAUGGCAGCCAAUGGAAGGACCUGUCGAGAUAUUGAUGAGUGUGCAAUAGGAACCCAUAACUGCUCAACUGCAGAGACCUGCUACAACAUCCAGGGCAGCUUCCGCUGCCUGUCCUUCGAGUGCCCUUCCAACUACAGAAAAGUGUCUGACAUGAGGUGUGAACGCAUCAGCUGCUUUAACUACCUGGACUGCCAGAACACCCCGGUGAGAAUCACCUACUACCAGCUCAACUUCCAGACCAACAUCGUGGUCCCAGCCCACAUUUUCCGGAUCGGCCCCUCCCCUGCCUACGCCGGGGACAACAUCAUCCUCACCAUCACCCAGGGCAACGAGGAGAGCUACUUCAGCACCCGCAGGCUCAACUCCUACACCGGCAUCGUGUACCUGCAGCGCCAAGUCAAGGAGCCCAAAGACUUCCUGUUGGAUGUGGAGAUGAAACUGUGGCGCCAGGGAACAUACACCACUUUUCUUGCCAAAAUUUACAUCUUCAUCACGGCUCAUGCGUACUGAGGCCUGUGCUGACGUGGGAUUUGAUUGGUGCUAUGCUCUUUACCUGUUCUACCAAAGCUUAAUACUGUUGAACUGGCAUUUAAUGUAUCUAGCCUUUAUAUUAUUUUUCUAUCAUUGCUUUAAACUUUUUUAUUGGUUGUGUAAAUUAAGUUAAUUUUUAUCUUUUGAUGUUUUGUUUCCUUAUGCAGUUCUGUGCAUCAUCAUUUGCCAACCAACGAAGGAAGGGUUGGAAGGCAGCACGUGCCUUGUGCUGAAUGCUGGAACCUUUUCCUAGCCAUUGUUUUUAGGUGUAGUCGCCUCUGCAGGGUAUUGCACUAGAGAGGGAAGAUGUUCAUGUGGGAGUGUUGGGAAAAAAGCUUUGAGGGCUUUCUCUUGCUGACACAAAGUCGUGGCUUGGCUCAGCCAGUGCCUUCCCUGGGGUUGAGAUGCUGUGUUGGGGCCGUACGUGGACACUGAUGGUCAACCCACCUCCUGGGAUUAUUCUUCUCCUUCCAACUUUCAUAAUAUGUUGCCUUAAAAUAUAUAUAAAUAAAAGAAAACUCCACCAGUGAAAAAGAUGGAUGAAUCUUGCUUUAGUAGGAACUACUCACAUGCUAAAUAUUUGCAACGCUGAGGCCUUCACAGAAUGUUACACUUUGGGGUAAAAGCUCACAUUGCCAUUUUUAGUAGUUUUCUUUAUAGGUGCUGAGGCUCCUCUGUUCCUCAUUCUGUUAUAUACAACUGCAGAUUCACUGCUUUGGAAUUCUUAAAGGAAUAUCCAAAUGGAAAUAAUGAAAUAAUCUUUACUGCUCCUUAUUGUAAAGCUUGGGUGUGGCACUGAGGCAAUUUUAAACAGACAGAAAGGGCAGUUGCUUCUCUGCUUCGGGAAAAUUCCUUCAGUCGUGUUGCUGAAUGACACAGAUGGAAAUGCCAGUGAAAUUGGUGGGUUGUAUUUUGCCAUUUAGAAAAGAGCACAACCAAAGUUUUGUGCUGGAUUUCCUCUCUUUCUUCAGGAAACUGGAUGAAAUCCAAAGUUGGAGGCCAGAUCUGGCAAAGUGUAGUAUAAUCAAAGUAUUUGUUAGAAUUUAGAAGGAAUAUCAGAACUUCCUUGCAGCUCUUUUCUUUCUUUUUUUUUCCUUCCAAAAAAACAAAAAAACUCUAGUGUUGCAAUUUUCUGAGCUCCCUUUGUUCCAGCUCUAAUUAUUCUGCAAAAUGUUUUAAAGGAGAGCAUAGUUACAAUAGACUGAUGUCAGCUACACUGCAGUUUAAUAAUCCUACAAUCCCAGGUUGGAGGGGACCUCAAGGAUAAUCUGACCCAUUCUUGGCAAAAUAAUAAUCUGUCCUUUUCUAUAGUCAAUUUUAUUUUGACCAGUGUGUACACCAAAAAAAAAAAAAAUGGAGAAAUCAACUCUUAUGGAUUUUUCUGCCUUAGUCAAUGAUUUUAUUAUAUUGUAAAAGAUUUGUUUGAACUGCAUCUAAAACUCGUGUAAACACCACCUGUAUGGUGAGAGGAAAUGUUCUGUAUUCACUAUAUCCCCAGGCCAGUCUCUAGCAUUU